CACACAGAGUGAGACGCGCUCGUCUCUUCUACCUUAUAGUUUGAUUCGUGUUGACUGAACGUGUUUUAUUAUUAAUAUUCCGUCCACAGCAUCUCUGAUUCACAGACUCGAUCAUGACUGUUGUGAGGACUCUUGACGUCAGAGGGGAGAAUCAUCGGUGAGGUCCAAUGGGGGGAAUAUCAAGCGAGGCAGCGCUAUCGUCCUACCAACAGUAUUAGCCAUGCUAACCUACGAGCACCUCGCCUUUCCACAGGACUUAACCCGCCAAAGAUGACGGUUUUGCUCAGCUGCGUGAAACAAAGGGCAAUUUAGUUCUUCUUUUAUGUUGUUCUCCGUCUCUUUCUGGGUCCUCCAUCUAGUCUCGUAUGACAGGCACGGACUGCGCGCAAGCUCGGGGGAGAAAAAGGCAUUGCAGCUUCAUGGCACUGAGCUAUGAUUCACUCUCUUGCAGCAGCAAUGAGCAACCAACUUCAAAACACCUCUUCCCUCUCCACGGCGGACACGUGGAAUCUCCUGGAUGUGCGGAACUCAUCACCGGUGCGAACGGCAGAGCUGAGGCCGCUUUCUGUUAGCCCGUGGGACAUUGCACUGUGCGUGACAGGCACGCUCAUCUCCUGCGAGAAUGCAAUCGUGAUAGCCAUCCUGUUCUACACACCCACCUUGAGAGCCCCCAUGUUCAUUCUGAUAGGGAGCCUCGCGUUUGCAGACCUUCUUGCGGGACUCGGCCUCAUUCUCAACUUUGUCUUCAUCUAUAUGCUGAACAUGGAGUUUGUGACUCUGAUCUCUGUUGGCUUGCUGAUUGCUGCCUUCUCCGCAUCUGUGCUCAACAUCCUGGCCAUCACGGUGGAUCGCUACUUGUCCCUCUACAACGCUCUGACCUACCACUCGGAGCGCAUGGUGACAUUCACCUAUGUCAUGGUGGGUCUCAUUUGGCUGGUGUGCAUCAUCCUGGGCCUACUGCCAAUACUCGGCUGGAACUGCCUCCGAGACGAGGCCAGCUGCAGUAUCUGCUGGCCGGUCACCAAGAACAAUGCCGUGGUGCUCGCGGUGACGUUCUUGCUGGUGUUUGCCCUCAUGAUGCAGCUUUACCUACAGAUCUGUAAGAUUGCCUUUCGCCAUGCACAGCAAAUCGCUGUCCAGCACCAGUUCAUGGCCAUUUCCACCACAAAAGGUGUAUCCACGCUCUCUGUCAUCCUCUGCACCUUUGCUGCAUGUUGGAUGCCCUUCGCCAUGUAUUCGAUUGUGGCAGACUCCAGCUACCCGAUGAUCUACACGUAUGCAACAGUGCUGCCGGCAACAUGCAACUCGGUCAUAAACCCAAUCAUAUACGCUUACAGAAAUCCGGACAUUCAGAAAUCCCUGUGGUUAGCCUGCUGCGGAUGCGUGCCGUCCAACUUCUCCUUGCGGCCAAGGACAUCGAGCGAUGUAUAGGUCGGACUCACAUAAUUCGUUUGUACUGUGUCAGUGUUACUGAUAUGAUGUCCUCCCUUGGUGGGAUCCCAGUCAAACGUUGCUGGUUGUGCAGUAGGUGUUGUGAUCCAAGAGGUCAACCUGCUAUGUAUAAUUAGAUGUAUUUAAUGCAUAGUAGACCUCUAUGCACAAAAUUUAAAAUUAUACCAGAUGUGAGACCGUUCCAGUUGAACAUGAUCAGAAUAAUCUGGAUAUUCUGAGAUAUGCAUUACAUGCCUAGUGACACAAAUCAAUAUACUAUUUAUCUUAAAAAAACAAAAACAUAACAAACAAAAAACAUCAUUAAUAGCUAAAAUGAUUACAAAACUGACCUGAUACGUAUAAAGAAAGCUGUAAACGGUAGACAGCUUUCGUGUACAUGCUCAUGCUAUAUGGAGCUCUUUCAGCACCACGGACAGCAGCAGGUACAAAGCUAUUCCCUAUUCCCCGCCUCUAACACUUAAAUCUGUGUUCGCUUAAAAAUUUAUGAAUGACAGAGAGAAAACACGGUCCUGUGAGCAAAAAUUAUAGAGCUUGUGGCAUUUGUUGCUUUACAGCCAAUUUUAUCAAAUCACUUUUUUUUAGAAACUGAAAUUAUAGUGCAAGGGAAAAAAAUUACCUCUUUUCAUUUCAAAGUGAUUAUUUUUUGCUACACAUCAUUGGCGGUGAAAUUUCAUAAAUGUAAAAAUCCCUGAGAAAAGCCAAUUUGUUUAGACAUGCUGAACUGGUUUAUUGUCUAACAUCCCUAAUGACAUUGAAAUAUCUUCUGCCACGAAGCUGUAAGGCAAAUCAUAUUUUCACACAUUUUUGGUCUCUGGAAUCCAUUGAGCACACGUCUUGGUGUUGGUGCAAAAUGGCAGGGUUAAUGAAGGUCUGAGCGCGAAAUGAGGUGUCAGCCACAACACUUUAAUUUCAACAUCAGGCAGCAUCUUUCAAGGCAAUUUUGUGUUAGGCCAACUGAGACAUGAACGCUUAAAUAAGACGAGUGCUUCUGAACUGAAAUCCCUUCUGUCCCAUUUUAGCUUAGUUAUCUGAUCUUUUAAUAGGCCUUCAUGCAGAUCUAUUUACACACAAGCCUGACCCUAACAUUGAUCCCUGAUCUGAUGGACUAAUUGUACAUUCUACACACUCAAUUAUAUCUGAUAAUCACCAGGAUCAUUUUUCUGUAGGAUUCAGCCAAAAGGACCUUGAAAUAGCAUGUAAGAUUUAAAAACACAUCAUUUAAUCAGCCGAAUUGGAUUUAUACUAUGCUACACAACCAAAAAAACAAAAACAUAACAACAUAAGCUCAAAGGACAAAACCGAGAGGAAACAUCACUAAAACGUUGUAAUAUUUUAUAUGCAUAGAUAUUUGUUGAGCUUGACCGUAACAAAGCCUUGUGUUUUCGAGGGGGGUAUGAAUGUCAAAGCUGUUCUUUGAUGACCCCUCAUUUGCGGCAAAUAUCUUAAUUUAGGCCUUACCUUUUCUCUUUUGCAAUAACAAAUUAAUGUGUACCGUUCAUUGAUAGAGCUACAAUCACAAUGAGGCCAUCGACAGAGCUAAUUUUACUUCCUGACUUGAACAUGAUUAAAAAACAGACUGAAAAUAGGUUUUUCAACUCUUUAAAUCAAAUGUACUGUUUUCUAAGAUGUGCUUUCACAUUAUAGUACAAGCAUUUAAAGUUGGCCUUGGGAGCCCAUCCAGGUGCCCUCCAACUAACUACUCUUAGUGACCUGCACGAGAUCUGAUGGACUUUUACCUGGAGAUAUUUCACAGUCUGGACACUGUGGAACAAUUUUUUUUUUUUUUUUUUUGCACGAUUGUGUGAUAUGCCUGAUUGUUUGUGGUUGUGUGUGUGAAAGUGAGAGAACCAUUUGUUUAUAUACCACUCACUUAUGUCAGGAGUGGGGUUCAGUGACCUGUCACACUGUGCCCACUUAUAAAAAAUAACCCACCCCACAUGGUACACAACAGUUGGCAAAUAUCAGUGUUUUUCAGCAAAUCUCUACCGUUAUGUAAUGUAUCUUCACUACAGUGUACUCAAUGGGAUGCCAUAGAUUCAGUUUGUUCAGGGGUAAGCGGUUAUUUUUCUUAUGCAAUGCUGUAUGGAAAUGUAUAUUUUUAUACACAUCAGGGCAUGAGUUUUAUGAUGUUGUUUUGGUGUGUGUGUGUGUGUAUAUGUGUGUAUUCAGUACCUGUAUUCUUAUCGAUGGUUUCCUAGAAAAAGCAAAAAAAACUAAAAACAAAUGAUCAAAAAAAGUGUUGGCAAGACAGAAAGUGCCAUAAUUUCACUUACUAGUGUCUUAUUGAUUUCAUGCAUUUAUCAGAUCAGUAAAAACAAGGAUUAUGAUUUGUAACAUCACCUGACUGUGUCGACAGUACCAUUCACCUUCAAAUUUACAGUGGUUGAGGCACAGAUUGGUGUGUAGAUAGUCGACAUCUAGGCAGCUUGACUACUUAACACAGAUAGGAUAUAAUUUGUUUAGUAGCGGCUAGUUUGAACAGUUGGGUCUGAAAGUUAAAGCUCAGAAAUAGACCCAGAGAACCAGGUGGUAUGCACGUUCUAUGCCAAACCAAUGGCUGGGUUCCACUUUCUCUCUUGGACACUGGAGUCCACUAUGGCUACCGACAGAGCAAUGCAGUCCUCUCUUUAGCGUUCUGUUGGACUGGGACAGCCCUUUUGUGUGCCAGACUACAGACAGAUGGUCCUCCCCCAGCCUCAUGCUCAAAAGUGACCUAUCUAAUUACUAACACCGCAGAUAUCAUCACAGAAUUGAAGUAUGCCAGGCAGCCAGCCAUGUAGAUUUUCACAUAUCUUGUCAGUAAUGGACAAAAUAUAAGAUGACUGCAUUAGUCUGCAGUUACAGUACAGGUGACGGAGACUUAUUUUUGAGAGUUACACAGAACAAAAAUCUAGCGUGAGACCAGCGUACCUUAGUCUUCAGUUGUGACGUCAACGCUGGUGUACGUAAAUGGAGAGAGGUCGUCUGAAUGACGGCACCUAACCGCAUGGAAGCACUAUUACCACUUAAUCAGUCCCUGCUAAAAAUAAACUUGAAGAGCAUGGAAUGUUGCAUUUAUCUAGGGUACUUGAAAUCCGUUUUCUGGGCCAUUAAGCCGAGCUCUGUGUUUCCCAUCAACAGCUACAAUAGAGCGAGAAGGCGCCGUCCUAAAAUAAGGGAGGGGAGAGAGACAAGCUUUUAGAAGAUCCUCUGGGGUUAUGUAACCACUGCACCCAAAAUGUAGCUCAUUCUCUGAAAUCCUAAUCUCUGUGCAUUACAGAUGAAGUCUCACUAUGAUCUAUCACUUUUGCAAUCAUCUAUAGUGCUAAAGGAAUGUUUUUGUGUAGGUAAACUGUCAGCACAAUUAUGUGGCCCUUAUUAGCAAGCGGUCAGAGAUGUGGAUGGGUGCUCUGAUACUGUGAUGUAAUUGUUGUUGAUUAUUUUCUUGCUUUGUUUUUCUUUGUAUUGUGAACUGAAAUCUGACAAGUACGAUGCACUUUAUGAAAGGUACAUGCUACACGUUGCAAUGUAAGUGUGGAAUGUAAUCCUUCCUAAAAAAAUGAUUUAUUUUUAUUACUGUAAAUAUGACAAUACUGAAACAAAAAGAGAGUGAGUGAGUGAGAAGGGAAAAAAAAAAACAUCAACAACAACACGAGGAGAUUACUUUGUCAAAUAAAAUUCUGCAAACCUAA